AAGUGGGGUAGCGGGGGGGGGGGGCAGGGGAUUUCCCUGCAGGGCUGAGAAUUUGCACAGCAAAUAUCCACCCCUCCGCCUCCCCUCCCGCACUCGGCUCCCAGUUUAAUACUUUGUUUCCAGACAAUCUCGUUAUUUGGGGCUCUGACUCCCGGGUGCUGGUCUGAUUUCUGUGCCGGAUUCGGUGUCACUCCAGAGUCACCGCUCGCCCUGGCCAGCAAAGGGUGGAAUUGGGAGUUGGUUCGGUUCUGGUUCAAGACACCCCAAAACGGUUCAGUUGCCAGGCAGUGCCGGGGGGCGGGUAGGAGCAGCUUCCUUCGGUGGGGAACUGAAUUUGGGGCCCGUGUCAAGUGGGGCAUUUGGAAGGAGGAGCUGCCCCGGGGGCUGGGUGGGAGGAGGCCCGUCUAGCGGGGAGAACAGUUGGGGAACCAGCUCCUUUUUCCUCGGGAUUGAAGAGUUAUCGUCAACUUCUGGGACCGGGCGCCCCCCACUUCUCUCCCACCUCCCUCUCUGCUCCUAGGGGCUGUCUCCUCCUCUCCUUCUCCUGGGGCCAUUGCCUGCCUGGGUCCUACUGAUCAUGAAGGAAAGAGCAGAGACGCUUUCAUUUUAUUUGAUCGGAUACUGAGCUUAAAAACGGCUGAAAGUUUAUGGUAACCGGCGACCUGUUUUUCCCACAGUUCAGGCUGAAGAAUCACGUCCACAUUUCGCUCCAGAUCGUCCCGUCUUCCAGGAGACGGGGAAGAGAAACGGCUGUGGUGCAGCCGGCUCAGAGGCCGGUGACCUUCGAGGAGGUGGCUGUGCAUUUCACCGGGGAAAGGGGGCUCUGCGGGACCCCGCCCCGAGAGCCCGCUGCAGGGACGUCAUGCAGGCGAAUGAUGAGACUGUCACCUCGCUGGAACCUCAGCGUGAUGGAGACCUCGGGCACGGGGGCUGUUCCUAACCCUGAAACGUUCGUAGCCCUGAGCGAGACGUUAUGGGAGGCGCCUCAGGGCAGACGGCUCGGAGCAGGGGCUCACGGCUGUGCCUGCGAACCUCAGCGUCUUCACCUCCCACCUCAGGUGAUGAGCGUGGGAGUGAGGACAAGGAGGCGAAUCAACAGCAGGAAGCUCCUGGGAAAGUGGAACCACAGGGGGCGUUUCUGAGAAGAGCUGAAGGGAGUUUUCCCCAGUGCUUGACACAGGGAAAAGCCUGGGGAUAUCAGGGCAGGGCAGGGAGGCAGCUGAAAACACAUCCGAGGAAGAAACCGGAUGAAUCCAGUCCGUGCGAGGGUCCCAAGGAAACCGCAGCUCCGCAGAUAAAGCACAAGGAAGAAAAACCCUACAAAUGUCUUGACUGUGGGAAAAGAUUCAGUGCGAGAACAAGCCUCGCUAUGCAUUGGAAAAUCCAUACAGGAGAGAAACCCUAUAAAUGUUUGGACUGCGGGAAAAGUUUCCGUCAGAGUUCACACCUUAUUACACAUCAAAGACUGCACCUGGGAGAAAGACCCUAUAGCUGCCUUGAGUGUGGAAAAAGUUUUAAUGAAAGUUCAUCUCUUACUAAACAUGGGAGAAUCCACACAGGAGAAAGACCCUAUAAAUGCCUUGAGUGUGGGAAAAGCUUCAAUUUCAAAUCAGCCCUUACUGUGCAUCAGAGAACCCACACGGGAGAGAAACCCUAUAAAUGCUUGGACUGUGGGAAAACCUUCAGUGAGAACUCACAUCUCAUUAACCAUGGGAGAAUCCACACAGGAGAGAAACCCUAUACGUGCUUGGAAUGCGGGAAAAGCUUUCGUAAGAGGUCGUCCCUUCUUACACACCAGAGACUGCACACAGGAGAGAGACCAUUUAAAUGCCUGGAGUGUGGGAAAGAUUUUAGUGAGCGAUCAGCCCUUAUUACACACAGGAGAACCCACACAGGAGAGAAACCCUAUAACUGCUUGGACUGCGGGAAAAGCUUCAGUCAGAGGUCACAUCUUAUUAACCAUGGGAGAAUCCACACGGGAGAGAAACCUUAUAAAUGCUUGGAAUGCGAGAAAAGCUUUUGUCAGAAAUCGUCCCUUCUUACGCACCAGAGACGGCACACAGGAGAGAGACCGUAUCAAUGCCUUGAGUGUGGGAAAGGGUUCAGUGUGCGAGCGUCUCUUCUUACACACGAGAGAACCCACAUGGGAGAGAAUCCCUAUAAGUGCCUUGACUGUGGGAAAAGUUUCAUUCAGCCAUCCAGCCUUAUGACGCAUCAGAGAAUGCACACGGGCGACAAACCCCAUAAAUGCUUGGAGUGCGGGAAAAGCUUCAGUCACAACUCCUACCUUGCUAGACAUCGGAAAAUCCAUACAGGAGAAAGCCCAUAUCAAUGCUUGGACUGUGGGAAAAGUUUUGCUCACAAGGCAGGCCUGGUUGUGCACCAGAGAAUCCACACUGCGGAGAAGCCCUAUCGAUGCUUGGAUUGUGGGGAAAACUUCAGCCACAAAUCAAACCUUACUAGACAUCAGACAAUCCACCUGGGAGGAAAGACCCUAUAAAUGCCUCGACUGCGGGAAGAGUUUCAUUGAGACGUCACCAUUUGUUACGCACCAGAGAAUACUCACUGGAGAGAGACCCCAGAAGUGCUUGGACUGCGGGAAAAGUUUCAUUGAGACGUCACCGUUUCUUACGCACCAGAGAAUACUCAUUGGAGAGAGACCCCAGAAGUGCUUGGACUGCGGGAAAAGUUUUGUUCAGAUCUCGCACCUUACUAGACAUCAGCGAAUUCAGGGCCGUGCUUAGGCAUAUGCGGCUGUGUAGGGCACCCAAAAAUUUGGGGCACCCUUGGGUCUUAGUGUCCCCCCCUUCUGCCUCCUCUUAUCCCUGUUCUGACCCUUCCUGCAGGCUCCCACAGCUAGUGAGUCUUCCUCCGGAGGGGAUCUAGGAACUUCAAAGUGAUAAAGCCUCCAGCCUGCCAGCACAGCAUUGACACUGUUAAAGAGCCAUCGAGGGGUAAUGAAGCCAUUUCACAGGCAUUUGCCCAACGCCAGGUAUAGCCUGUCAAUUUCUGAAUUUACUGACACAACCAGCUGGGUAUCACUGUCAUAUUUACUCAGAGCAUUUUACUUAGUUUAAAUUUUGCUUUAAAAACAUUUCAUUAGUGAGUUGGUGAAGAUUAUAAAAUCACCGCUCUAAAAAAUCCUUGCCUAGAUUUUUAGAUGCACAAUCUGAGUAUUCAUCUUUCGCCUUAAACGCUUGGACCUUCAGACAUACAGGUUUUUAAAUAAAUCCUUCAGAAGACACACACACACCCCUGUCUAAAAUACGCAUGCGAGUCCAGUCUGUCGUCGGGCAUAGGGGCAGCAGCUUAAUAAUAGAGCAUUGGGCCCUAUAAAUCCUAAGGACGGCCCUGCGAGUUCGUACUGGAGAUAAACCUGAUAAAUGCCUCCACUGUAGGAAAAGUUUCACUGAGAGAACAAACCCUGUUAGACUUCACAGGAUCCGCAGAGGCUAUAAACUUCAUAAAUGCCUCCGGUGUGGGAAAAG